UGACUUAUAUCGUCGUUUCGUCGUCAAAGUGCCAAACCCCAAAAAAAUCGUGAAGUAUAAAAAAAAUCAGAAGAGCAGUGACUUUUUUGUUUUGCCACACAUUUUUAACGCACUGGUUGUUCGCGAAGUGCAGUGUACUUAUAGGUAUCGUAAAUGGUGAAAAGUGAGUGUGUCAGCGGAGUAAGCGUUUUUAUUGUUCGUGGGGGCGAAGUGGAAGUGAGGAAAGUGCAUCGUGUAUAAAAAAAAGAGAAGAGCCAUCGGAGCAUAAACGGAGAAAGAUUGGGAGUGACACACACUCUCAGGGGGGAAAAGGAAAACUUGGAAGUUUUGCUGCAGUUGCACACACGAAGACGGUGACAAUAACGCGAAGAGAAGUCGAGGUGAGGUCGAGGUCGACGUCGUCUGGAGCUGAAAGGGCCAUUACAGAGAGCACGACAGCAGUGUGUAGCGUUAAAUAACAUCGGCCCCAGAGAGUAUGGACUUCAACGUUAAGAAGCUGGUGAAGGAUGCCGGAGCGGCCCUCAGUCGAGUUGUCCAGCUCACUGAGGAGACACUUGGCACUUCUGAAAAGACAGAGCUUGAUGCCCAUUUUGAGCACUUGGCAGAGAGGGCCAAUGCCACAAAAACCUGGACCGAAAAGAUACUCAGGAAUAUGGAGGCUAUGCUCACACCUAAUCCUGGUAACAGAAUCGAAGACUUUUUCUAUGAAAAAAUUGAGAAAAAGAGACCUAGUAGACUUAGUAACUCAGAAUACGUUGGUAUUGACAUGAUAGAAGCUGGCAACGAUUUUGGUCCUGGUACCCCUUAUGGAACUGCAUUAAUCAAAGUUGGCCACUGUCAGCAAAAACUAGGUCAGAUUGAAAGAGAUUUUAUUGGUAUGGCAGCCAAUUGUUACGUGCAACCGCUAAGAAAAUUCUUGGAUGGGGAAAUGAAGACCAUCAGCAAAGAAAUGUCUAUUUUGGAAAGUAAAAGGCUUGAUCUAGAUGCAUGUAAAAGACGCGUAAGGAAAGCCAGGAGCAUGUUAGGCCAGCAAAGUGAGACUGGAGUUUCUCCUGAAGUAUUGCUUGACGAGGCAGAGAGGGAGUUGAGGGUGGCUCAAGCAGAUUUCGAUCGACAAGCAGAAAUAACUAAAUUACUACUGGAAGGGGUAUCUAGUUCAAUGGCUGGUCACUUACGUUGUUUGCACGAAUUUGUUGAAGCUCAAAGUCGCCAUUAUGCACAAUGCCACGCAACCAUGCAAGAGUUACAACGAGAACUUGCCGGUUUGUCUGGGGCAUCAUUCCACCCGAGCACCUUGAUAAAUUCCACCAGCCACGAGGAAGCCGGAGUAGUAGAGGAGAACGGCCAGAAGCGAGCACGGGUCAUCUGUGACUACGAGGCCAGGGACGAAGAGGAACUUAGCGUUUGUCAGGAUGAGGUCAUAAUUGUGCGUGAAAUUCCUGGAGACGAUGAUUAUCUACUGAGUUUUCGGGGUAACAAGCAUGGAAGAGUCCCUAAAGCUUUUGUAGAAAUAAUAUCAUACUAUUAAAAGAAAAAAAUCGUGAAAAAAAAGUAAACUAAGCAAUGAGAUUUCCAGAUUUUUCAAUAACAUGAAAAAUAAAGAAUUCUAAACAAGAUCAAUUAAUUACUAUGUGAUAAGAUAUUUAUGAAGUUUCAAAUUUUAGUCAUUCCAUGGUACGAUUGUAUAUGUACAGUAUUUACCUAUUAUAGUUAAAGUAUAGAAAAAUUUAGCUACUUACAAUGUUUUAAUGAUGGUUACUACUGCCUAUUAUGUUACACAAAUGUAUAAAACUAAGUGUUUUUAAAUUUGUAGAGUUUAAUGUUCAUCGACCAAUUGUUUAGAAAUGUCAAUUUAACAGAAUAAUCAUGUUGCUUGCAUAAUAAAAAUUUAAGAUUUGAAAAAUAUGCAAUUUUUUUACACUGUACAACAUUAAACUGACUUUAAAACACAUAAGAGAA